GCGCGAGCGCGGCCGACCUGGGGCGUUCAGGUACUCCCCUCGCCUAAAACCUACAGGGACAUAAAAUGGAGUUACCAGGUUGAGGAAAAGUACGGCUGUACUCAAUAUUAUGCAUAACUUGUAGUUUUAUUAGUGUAAUCAGUGAUAUCUUAACAGCAUAGUCGACUGAGACUCCGAGGAACGAGGAUUAAACAUGUUUUGGACGGUGUUCAUCGCCGCUUUAAUGGCGACAGAUUCCAUCAUGGCCAUCUCGGUCCAGACACCCACAAAGAGGAACAUUGUCAUCCUCUUCCAGCCCGUCACCCUCACCUGUAGCUUCCAGACAACCGCCACCCAGCCUCCUGUUGUCACAUGGAAGUACAAAUCAUAUUGCCGGGACCCCAUCCAGGCUGCGCUGAAUCCCAGUAGUGCGGAAAACAUCCUAUCCCAGAACAACCCAAACUACGACCCCAACAUUGAGUGUGCCGACAGCCAGAGGACGGUGCGUAUUGUGGCCUCCAAGCAAGGCAAUGCUGUCACCCUUGGACAGGAGUACCAGGGCCGCAAGAUCAGCAUCCAAAACAAUGCAGACCUGAAUAUCGCACAGACGGCAUGGGGCGACAGCGGUGUCUACGUCUGCUCAGUGAUUUCUUCUCAGGACCUUUCAGGAAACGGAGAAGACUACACAGAGCUUAUCGUUCUCGAGAGAAAGUCAGACACUACUGACCUCCUGCCUGAGAUUGACUUACUGAUUAUGGAAGACUGGCUCCUCGUUGUUCUGGUUGUGUUGGGCUUCCUGCUGCUGCUGCUCCUGAUCGGGAUCUGCUGGUGUCAGUGCUGUCCACACACCUGCUGCUGCUACGUCAGCUGCCCCUGCUGCCCCGACCGCUGCUGCUGCCCACGAGCGCUGUACGAGGCAGGAAAAGCAGUGAAGAAAGGUUUGCCCAAUCAGUAUGCUCCCACCAUGUAUGCUCCCAGUAUGUAUGCUCAGCCACCAUACAGUGGUCCACUUAUGAACCAGCCUGGUAUACCCCUUCUCCCUCUACCCAGAGCUGGCCAUGCUCCUCCUCAAAACGGUUAUGGGCGGGAAUAUGACGCCGCCAGCUCAAUUGGACAGGGCUCUCAGGUACCUCUGUUGCAUGACCCGGACAGUGGAGGAGACCACACUCGCAGUGGAUAUCGUAUCCAGGUUGACCCCGAUGGGAAUGCCACACGUGCCAUUUACUACAUGGAAAAGGAGCUGUCGAAACUGGACCCGUCAAGACCUACCAACUACAACCGCAUGGAUAACAUGAGUGAAGUCAGUUCUCUACAUGAUGUUUUGGACCCUCGAGGUCGGGGGGGCCGAUCCCAGCCGCCACCUCUGGCUACGGUUUAUGACCGGGAUGAAGCCAUGAGCACCAUCAGCAGUGUUUCCCAGCAGGGACACCGCCGUGAUGAUUACCCACCCCGAGGCGGAGGCUACAUGGGUGACCGUGCACGAGCACGCUCCAUGGACAACCUGGACGACAUCGUACGUCGUUACGGCCGAGAUGACCUCCCAGCAAACCGGCGUCCAGAUGAGCCGAGAGGCAGGAGAGGUUCAGAUGAUGGGUGGAGCAGCAGUGCCCGCAGCGGCUACGACCGCGACGUGGACGAGCGAAGGCGACGUGACUACUCCCCUGAUAACCGCCGGAGAGGAGACAGAGGGGGCUACGGCGACCUCCCAGGGAGACGCAGCCGUAGUCGUGACGAUCUGAUGGACCUGGAGAGGGAUCGGCGUCCCGGUGAGGGGCGGACGGAUGAUUAUGAUGACAGCUUCCUGCGAGAAGCGAUGGAGAGGAAGAAACUGGGCGAGCAGCAGAGGGCACGCAGCAGGGAUCGACUGGACAGCGAGAGCGACCGCUCAGAUCGCGGCAGGGCGCCACGUGGACCUCCACCACUUCCUCAGAACCCGCCUGCUGGAUACCCGGGUCGCCGUGAUGACUACCCACCUCCUCCGCCUCCUCCUUACAGUGAUGAUGAGAGUAUGUCAUCAUCUAAAAAAACCAACCUCCGCAAGAACGGAGCUGUAAGUCGGGAGAGCCUGGUCGUUUAAAGACCACCACGACGUGAGCAACUCUUCCAAUACCGCAGCUUUUUAUUAACCCAAAAAGGACCGGACUGUAAAUAUUUAGACACACUGCUAAUUUGCUGAGCUGAUUUUUUUAAAAUGUUUUUUAAUUUACACUAAACUUUGAUGCUGAAUGUGUAUGAAUGCUUUUCUAACAGAGAGGCACACAGAUGAAAUGCUGCGGGCCUUCUCGUGUAUAAAAACAUUGUGGCUGCCACAAGUGCCUUACGUUUGUACAGAAUUUAACUUGUAGAUGUGAAAGUCAGCUAGAUAGAAUAUCUCUGUAAAGGUGUUUGAAUCUUGAUGACUAGAGAUGUCCCGAUUGGUUUCAACUUUAUCGUUUUUUUUUUAUAAAUUUGAUGUAGUCUUAUUCAGCUGAUGUAGUCUUGUCUGGGUCUUUAGAUUUGUUGGCUCUUUAUAUGUGAAAAGUAAAAUGUUUUUACAAGAUAAAAACUUAAAGGAACUGAUUUUAACUUUGCUUUUAGUUAUGUAAAAGUGUGCUCAAUGUAUUUAGAAACCUGGUGAACAAUAUAGAUGUUGUUUGAGUGCUUCUUAUUAAUGUUGGUUUUUUUUUCUUCUUUUUCCAAAAAAACAAAACAAUUUUUAGUUCAAACCAGAAUGAUAUUGUACAGCUAACCAGUAAAACACACUCAAAAUGUAAACGUAUUGUGAUGUGAUGAAACUCAAAUUUUACAAUAAAGUCAGUCUCCACUGUCA